AUGAGUUGCUGUCAUGGGCUUGUGCCCCAGGAGGUUCGGCCUGGCACAGCCCUGCUCCGAGUGACUGAGCUGAAAGCAUCAGGCCACAGCAACCCAGUCCCUGCCACAAAACCCCGGGAGGACUCUGUAACGGUAGUGGAGCCUUACUUCUCCCCAGAGAAGCUGGAAUCGCUGUGUGGAACUGGGGACCUGUCUCACGUGACCUCGCUGGAGAUCUGCGUAGACACACAAGAAAACUCACUGGGUAACUUUGGUGUCUACUUGCCCAGGCUGGUGCAGCUCAGAAUGAACAACAGCAUGAUUAUGUCAGUAAGAGACCUGGGAACCACCCUCUCCCACCUGCAGGUGCUGUGGAUGCCUCGCUGCUCCCUACAAGACCUAGAUGGCAUUUCUUCUUUCUCUUCCCUCAAGGAGUUGUAUGUGGCCUACAACAGUGUGUCAGACCUGAGUCAGGUUGGCAUGCUGGAGAACCUGCAGUUUUUGGAUCUGGAAGGGAACAAUGUGGAUGACCUAGUCCAGGUUCAGUAUCUGGGUUUGUGUGGCAAACUCCAGAAGCUCACCCUGGAGGGAAACCCUGUGUGUGUACGCCCAAACCCAAUGGCCAUCCAGACAGCAGACUAUAGUUAUCGGGCUGCAGUGAGAGACUUGGUCCCUCAGCUGCAUUACCUAGACGAUUUAAAGGUGGAGGAGGAUGGGCGUAGCUCCAGCAGCACCAUGGGAGAAGACUGGGCCAUUCUCCGAAACGCCAUCAGAGACUGCAACUCCUCUCAGGGAGCCGCUGAAGACGAGGAAACAGCAGACGGUGCAUCGCUUUACAGCAGACCCACCUCAGCCAGGCGCCCUGCUUCCAGCCACUCCUGUGUCUGGCCGCCCUCAUCAGCAUGCUCCAGACCCCGCGCUGGCUCCAGACCCAUGUCAUCGACCAGGCCUGGAGUUCUCUCCUCUCCUGGAUCCAGACCUGCUUCUGCAGACUCCGAUGUAGCAACAGAAACCGGCACCUUGACGCAUGGGGCUGGGACGAUCCUGUUUUGUGGAAACUCAGUCCAGGCUAUUCGAUCCAGGCGAGAAAAGUUGAGGACAGCACCCACCAGGUCUACAUUCACGCCCCGUGACCUGCCCAUCCAUGUGCCAGAACACACAUAUGACCUUGAGGAGCCUGAUGUUAGAGAACGUGUUGAUGUUUUUGCUGAGCUUAGAGCUUGGAGGGAACAGCACAGCAGGCGUCUUCAGGCCAUAGAGACAGAAAGAUUACCGCAGGUCCUGACUAUUCAGCAUUGUGAUGCAGAGGAGGAAGAAGAUGAUGAUGAAGAAGAAGAAGAAGAAGAAGAAGAAGAAGAAGGCUUUCCUGGUACGAGGAACAACAGCAGUGAUGAAGAACAUGGAGUGGAGAAGCAUGGUAACAGCGAAGCUACUGUCUCACCAGAUUCCCCUGUCCAGUAUCUUUCACCAGACCUGCAUCACAGAGAAGCCUUAUCCCGUGAUGUGGCUCGGGUGUCCUUGUCCCCAGACACCUCGCUGUCCCCUUCUCCCCCUCUCAGCGCCACAGCAGCUACUGCUAGUCGCAAGUCAUCGGGGAUCCGUGCACGUAGGCUUCGACUCAGCCACACAAAUUCAGACCAAUUCAUACCCCGCCCACCCACAUCAAGUGCCCUGGGUGAAAGGCUCAUGGAUUCAUGGGCAGAGAUGGACUUAUCUGCUGUACAGUCUGGCAACAAGCAUCUUCAAACUCAUCAAAUGUCCAAAGUCUUGGACAGAGCAGCGAUUCCUCGUCCUCACACAGCCAGGGCAGCUCUGCAGAAACAUCACCCGCACCGCAUGCUCCAACCCUGCAGAGGGAGCUCACACCCAGAUUGA